UACUGUUUGUACAAGUUUCUUGCCCUCAACCUCAAUGAUGAUUCAAUUUCUCAAUGCCUGUUCACAAUCUCGUUAUAAAUACAGACACUUCAUAUACAUAUACAUGUAUUUAUUGCAAAGCCAGCUUGAAGCUCGCUGAGCGACCUGGCUUGCACCCACGUUAUUAAUAUUACCAGCAGCAAUAAAAUUCACUUUUGAUUUCCAUAGAUAAUAUUCAAACAAGCAUUUAAAGCUUGCCUCUCUCUUUUUAUCUGUCUGUCUUUAUCUCUGAUACAAUAUAAUUUGCUUAUCAGUACUUUUUUAUCUCCAAAGUGAGUGUGAGCAGUUAGCCUUAAGGAUUGAAGGUGUUUUGCCAUUCGUUGGUGGUGGUGGUGUAUGGUGUUAAGGUUUUGGUUAUUGAAGCUUUGGUAUUAAGUGAAGAAAUGGGGAGGACACCAUGUUGUGAUAAGAAGGGUUUGAAGAAAGGGCCAUGGACUCCUGAAGAGGAUGAGAUUCUUAUUCAGCAUAUCAAGAAGAACGGCCAUGGAAGCUGGCGUUCUCUUCCUAAGCUCGCAGGUCUUCUUCGAUGCGGGAAGAGUUGCCGGCUUAGAUGGACAAAUUAUCUUAGGCCGGACAUAAAGCGUGGUCCCUUUACCGAAGAGGAAGAGAAGCUUGUCAUUCAGCUUCAUGGCAUUCUGGGAAAUAGGUGGGCUUCCAUUGCCUCUCAGCUACCAGGAAGAACUGAUAAUGAAAUCAAGAACUUAUGGAACACUCACCUGAAGAAGCGCAUGCUGUGCAUGGGGCUUGAUCCACAAACUCACGAGCCCUUUGCCUCUUCCUGCGGACCAGCCAUUAAAUCUCCUGCAUCUCCUACCACUCGCCACAUGGCUCAAUGGGAGAAUGCUAGGCUUGAAGCAGAAGCUAGGCUUUCCAGGGAGUCUUUACUCUUCAAUCCUCUGCAUCUGGGAAAAAAUGAUUCUGAUUAUUUUCUUCGUAUAUGGAAUUCUGAAGUUGGAGAAUCAUUUAGGAAUCUCAGUAAGGCUGACAAACUUGCAUGCGAAAGCCCCAUUUCUCAGGGUUCUUCGAGUACCAAAUGUGGAUCAAUUUCAGCUAUCACCAUGGACAUUGGCCACAAUUUAGCAGGUUCCUCAACUCCUGCAAGUAAUCAAAAUGAAGAUACAGAAUGCAAGAGCUGUAAAUCAUACACUGAGGAUGCCUUUGCUGAUUCAUCAAGCUCUGACCUGCAGGAUUCAUCAGACUCUGCACUGCAACUGCUGUUGGAUUUUCCCAUCAACAAUGAUAUGAGCUUCUUAGAGGAUAACUGUGCCACAACUUCUGCAAUGUUGAUGGACAACUCUUUGUUCUACCCCCUCUGAGUUUACAUGCCUGUUCUGAAACCUCUUUUGCUUGAAUUUUCAUGUCGGUUUUUAGUUACCAUAAGUAAUGAAGAAUGGUGUAAGAGCAAAGAGAAUUUUGUGAAGGUGAAUGUUCUUGGUAAUAUUAGUCCAUGGGCAGAUAAGAGUGUUGAUUAGGUUAAUUUAUUUAUGUAUAGCAGAUUCAUAUAUUACUAGUGAUCUCUUAAAACCUUUUAAACUUAGAAUGGCAGAUACUACUUUCUACAUUAUA